AUGUGCGAGCGGGCGGCGCGCCUGUGCAGGGCCGGCGCGCACAGGCUGCUCCGGGAGCCGCCGCCGCAGGGCCGGGCGCUGGGCGGGCUGCUGCGCUGGGUGGGCGCCAGGAUGGGCGAGCCCCGGGCGCCGCUGGCCCCCGCCGUCCCCGCCGCGGACCCCGGCCCCAGCCCGGGCCCCGCCUCGCCGCGCGGGGGCACCGCGGUCAUCCUGGACAUUUUCCGCCGUGCGGACAAAAAUGAUGACGGGAAGUUAUCCUUGGAGGAAUUCCAGCUCUUCUUUGCAGAUGGCGUCCUCAAUGAGAAAGAACUGGAGGGUCUCUUCCACACCAUCGACUCCGACAAUACCAACCAUGUGGACACCAAGGAGCUGUGUGAUUACUUUGUGGACCACAUGGGGGACUACGAGGACGUCCUGGCCUCCCUGGAGACCUUGAAUCACUCUGUCCUGAAGGCCAUGGGCUACACCAAGGAGGUGUAUGAGGGUGGGAGCAACGUGGACCAGUUUGUGACACGCUUCCUCCUGAAGGAGACGGCCAAUCAGAUCCAGUCCCUGCUGAGCUCGGUGGAGAGCGCGGUGGAGGCCAUCGAAGAGCAGACCAGCCAGAUCCGACAGAACCACGGCAAACCCAGCCACAGCGUGGUGGAGACCUGGUCUGGGAGCUCCACUCCCCUCUAUGCCCACAACCACAAGCUCACGGCCGUGGAGCAAGGGAAGAGCUUCCCGCUUGUCACCUCAGACUCCAAGGAGGAGGGCCUGGAAGCCCAGAUCAGCAGGUUGGCGGGGCUGAUAGGACGGCUGGAGAGCAAGACCCUUUGGUUUGACCUCCAGCAACAUCUCUCGGAUGAAGAAGGCACCAACAUGCAUCUGCAGCUGGUCCGGCAGGAGAUGGCCGUGUGCCCUGAGCAGCUGGCCGAGUUCCUGGACUCCCUGCGUCAGUACCUGAGGGGCACCGCCGGAGCCAGGAACUGCUUCCACAUCGCUGCCGUGAGGCUGGCGGACGGCGUCACCUUCGUGGUCUACGAGUUCUGGGAGACGGAGGAGGAGUGGAAGAUGCACCUGCAGAGCCCCGUGUGCAAGGCAUUCCGGCACGUCAAGGUGGACACGCUGAGCCAGCCCGAGGCCCUCUCCCGGAUCUCCGUGCCAGCUGCCUGGUGCACCCGGGGCCGCGACUGACCCCCUGCCCGAGGCCCCGCGGCUGAGCCCGCUGCCCUGCUCCCGCUGAUGGAGGAGGUCCACUCUUUCCUAAAAACUGUGGUAUACGAGCGAGCUGUCUGUCUUUUCCUACUGUUUGUUUGAAGUGAAGGAGAACCCCUGCCCUGGCCCGCCCCUGCUUGUUGACAGAGCAGCAUCUGAGCUGCUGGGCCCUGCUGAAGCCAGAGGGCGGCGGUGACGGGGAGCAGCCUCGGACCCCCCAGAGAAUGGCCACACCUGACCAGUCCCCACGUCCUCGGCCGGGCUCGCCCCUCACCGCCUCUCCCUUCUCUCGCCUCCUGGUUGCCACUCCUCCACCUGGUAGGAGCCGGGACCCUGUAGUGCCCCCCAGGCCCGGGCCGAGCCCACAGGCGGCAGUAGACCCCAUGUAGCCAGUGCCCCGCUAGGCAAACAGCUGCCCG